AUAGUUUACAAAGGCGACCAGCCAAUUCAGUUGGCACAUCUGGUCACUCGUCCACGACACAGUAUCAUCAACCAGGCCUUCGAAUCCAAACUGCGCUUACCCUCCUCGCGCCCAUUCAACGCUGAUGGAUUUGGGAUAGGGUGGUAUGAUCCAUUACCUCAUGUGUCUCCUGCAGAGGUGGUACCCAAACCAGUCGUCUCCCCUAUCUCUGACCCAGUGGCAAAGAAUCAGCAUGCCCGAAAAGGCGAGGUCCUCCAUGGAGUGGCUGAUGAAGGGAAAGCAGCCGAGCUGUGGCAAAUGAGGGAAUACGAGCAGGAGCUGCAAAACGAACGGCCUUGUAUCUUCAAGAGUAUCACCCCGGCGUGGAGCAAUACAAAUCUCACGCGUUUGGCAGAGAAGAUCAGAUCCCCUCUCGUCUUUGCGCAUGUCAGGGCUACUACUAUGGCUGGUGCACCGAGUGAAGAGAACUGUCAUCCAUGGGCCUUCGACAAACUUAUGUGGAUGCACAAUGGAGAGAUCAGCGGCUUUUCUCAGAUGCGUCGCGCUAUGCAGGACGGUCUUCCAGAUGAGCUCUACCUAUUCCCUCUGGGAUACACCGAUUCGGAAUGGGCCUUUGUACUAUUUCUUUCGAAGUUGAAAGACCCUCAUGCAAGAGUGUUCAGUCAUCAGGAACUGUGUGAAGCCAUGACCCAGACCAUUGCCCACAUCAAUCAGCUGUCCAAAGAAGCUGGAGUCACCUCACCUCAUCUGCUGAACUUCGUAGUCACAGACGGCGAGACUGUAGUUGCCACACGGUAUAUCAACUCGCGUACCAACGAGGCCUCCUCGCUCUUCUUCUCCUCGGGCACAUCGUUCGAAGAGUACGAAGAGGAAGGUAUGUACCGCAUGACCAAAGCGGACAAGCGGGAACGCAUAUUCCUCUUGGCCAGCGAGCCAUUGACGUUCGAGAGGAGUGACUGGAUGGAGGUGAGGACCAAUACAAUGAUCGUCAUCACUCGCAAGAUGAACCUAUUGCAAAUCCCCAUCAUUGACGAAUUUUGGGUGCCACCUCAGGACCCUGCGGCCUAUCAGCGCUCAAAAGAUUUUGCAAUUGAGCAAGGAUUUGGUGAGUGA